GCCCGACAUUACUAAGUUCUAACUUUACAGAUAACGUAUUACCCUAAGUUCCUUGAUUCUAUGAUGGGCCUGGCAGCUUCCAGGCCAACUUGGAGUAAAUUCGAAUUCUCUUAUCGACUUCUGGAACUAAGCGGAGACUUACGACGCAACGAAGGCCUCUAGUUGGUACUACCGUGCACACUGAAAUCUCAAGUUGAGCUGUGGAGCCUUCAUAUUGCCGCAGAACCUGCAGAGCCCCUACAAAUCUCAUUUGGUCAUGCGCCCAUAUAAUUAGAAACGUUACUCGGAAUCAGAUGUUGCUCCUCUCGCCCCCUUCCUUCCGCCAUGUCGGUCACUGGAGAAGAAAAGGUCCACGGAAGCGGAUCUGAAACUUCAUAUGCUGAACAAGUCGAGAUCUUCCAGCGUCCUGGAGGAUGGAGAGGUGUUUACUACCACACAGCCACGCAGGUUUGUUUGGUGGGCUUCGUAUGUUUUAUGUGCCCAGGCAUGUUUAAUGCCCUUACUGGUCUUGGUGCUGGUGGUCAAGUCGAUGCAACUAGCAGCGCAAACGCGAAUUCCGCCCUCUAUGCUACCUUUGCAUUCUUCGCAUUUUUUUCUGGCUCUGUACAUAACGUGCUCGGACCUAGAGUCUGCCUGAUGCUCGGAACGUGGGGAUAUUCUCUGUACAUCGCAUCUUAUCUUGCAACGAACAUCCAUCCCGGUGCAGGUAGCUUUGUUGUCGCCGCCGGAGCUAUCUUAGGUGUCUGUGCGGCCCUGGUAUGGACGGCACAAGGAUCCUUGAUGAUGGCAUACCCAACCGAGGCUCAAAAGGGGACGUACAUCGGUUACUUCUGGGCUAUCUUCAACUUAGGAGGCGUCGUUGGCUCUGCGGUGGCCUUCGGGUCGAACUUUAACUCGACGGCGAACAAAGUUGGAAAUGGAACCUAUAUCGGAUUUCUGAUCCUCUCUCUCACUGGUGUGGUUUUGCCCCUCUUCCUUGCAGACCCAUACAAGAUGAUCCGCACUGAUGGGACCAGAGUCACGCCUAUCCGUCACCCUUCUUGGAAAACUGAGUUUAUCAGUCUUUUUGUGGCACUGAAGACGGACCCUUGGAUUGUCCUCUUGUUUCCCAUGUUUUUCGCCAGCAACUACUUCUACACUUGGCAAUUUAAUGACUAUAACGGCGCCCUGUUCAACAUUCGCACACGCGGCCUGAACAACUUCGUGUAUUGGACUGCUCAAAUCUUCGGCUCAUUCUUCAUCGGUCACUAUAUUCUGGAUUUGAAGUCGUUCCGUAGACGAGUCCGUGCGUUCUUGGGCUGGUCGAUUGUAGUUGUCCUUGUCUUUGCUGUUCAUGUGUGGUCAUAUUAUUACCAAGUGACUUAUACUCGCACCUCUCUGCCUCCUACUGCCGUCAAGAUGGAUAUCCACGACCCUGGUUACCCUGCACAUGUAUGGCUCAUGAUCUUUUAUGGUCUCCUCGACUCUAUGUGGCAGACAACUGCAUACUGGCUGAUGGGCGCUAUGUCCAAUGACCCUGCGAAGCUCGCCGUGUUCACUGGCUUUUACAAAUGCUUCCAGUCUGCUGGAUCUGCUGUUGUGUGGCGCCUUGACGCUGUGCAAACACCAUAUAUGAACCUUUUCAUUUCUACUUGGGUCCUAGCGGCUGCCGGCAUGAUAUGCGCCUUCCCCUUGGUCUACAUGCGUGUAAAAGACUACACGGAAAUGGACGAUGAGGCCUUGUUGAACCGCCCAAACGUCGAGAAACUUCCUGAAUUCUCUCAGAAGUAAAGUGACAAGCGUUGGUGCAGCAAGCGAGAACGAUACUGUAUUUAGGACGCACGAACUUAUACGAACUUGUAAUGGGAUUUUUGUUGUUACUUGAGAUGAUAGAUAUUGCAGUGAACAAGUGGGUUUGGUGUCUUUGUGUACAGGUCGCGUGUGGGCUCCCCUUUGGGUUGACAUGCUACUCAGAAGUCGUGUCCGCAGUCGGUUCAAUGCCCUCUCCCCCUUCCACAACGUGGGAGUCGGCAGGAUGUAAUCUGCGACCCGCGGGCGGCCCGGGAGAACGCAUAAUCGAUAGCCGGGAGAUGCCGAAUGCUGUUUUGCCUUGAGCUCGCAGGAACGUUAACGUUAUCCAUACUUACUCAGUACUGCUCUCUUUUGAAGGAAUAUAGUAUUUACGACCUAACUCUUGAUGGAAUGGUG